AUGGCCUUAGAAUACAUUGAAGUCCAGAUUGGAGAGUGGGAGAAAUUCAACAACCGCCAUAAAUCGGAUAUGCUAGAUAAGAUCAAAACAAUUCUUAAGAAUAGUGAUGGCGAUCUGAGUAUCAACAAGGUAUCCCUGGCUUACCACUACAUUGCUCGCCAAAUCAACAUUCGUAACAUUGUGGCUAUAAACGGCACAACGGACGAAGAGGCCCACCGGAUCAAAGAAACAGUUUUUGGCCACGAACUGCUUAGCCCGCGCCUAUCGAUUGCACAGUUUCUAGAGCGCAUGGUCAAUAAUACUUUAUCGCCACGAGCUGGGAUAGAUAUUCUGCUUGAUAUCAUACAUGCCAGCGUGUCCAAUCGCUUCACCCUGUACAAAAACGUCUACAACUUAGAGAUCCAGACGAAUCGGCGGCAGCUGUACAGCUACACCCGGAUUUUAGAGAAGGUUUGGGAGUUCCAUCGGAAUACAAAGAACGCGCUCUAUCAGUUGGCCUGCCUUGAAAAACUCAUUGAAGAUAACGUCCCAGACAAGAUCCCGGGCAAUCGGCUGCACACCUUGGAGUACAUGCGCAACUACAUGAAGAACAAAGACUUGUACGAAGAGAUCAAAGGACUGUUGCAUCUGAUUGAGAAAAAGCGGCGGCGUGGAGAGCAGUUCAGGAAAUCUGAUCUGAUUUUGGCCAAAAGCAUUUCUGGGCACUUUGUAGACCUGUCCUACGACUCGUACUAUAUCUAUGGCUAUGGCCCGAACGAUCUGCUCUUCCUGUAUUACGAACUGUUUCAUGCCCACAACAAACGGCAGUUCACUGCGCAAAAGAAGCGGCUGAAUCAAUGUAUAUACCAGCACAUUAAGGAGAUUAGACGAGUCCGCGCGCGAAUCAGAAAAGACCGCACUAUCACCAAGCAAGUCAAAACAUCCAAGCUAAAUCGCAUUGAGCAGCUCAAGUUCAUUUUUAUCAACCGAAACUUCUCGUUCCUAUCAUACAAGAUAGUGCCUUGGGUUAACUCUUUUCUGGGCUGGUUCUUUGUUAAGGUUUGUGUCUUCUACUUUGCUGAUCUGGCCUUGUCUUUGAGCGAUAAACCGUGCAUGUUAGACUGUCAAGAGCUUGAGUUCAAGACUAAGCUGGUACUGGCUAUCUUGCUGAUUUUUACUUCGGCCAUUGGCUCGUAUGUGGCUAUUCUUCAACAAGUAGGUUACACGCGCGGGGGUGUUUACGGUAAGAUUAAAGAGCGGCCUAUUAGAGUCUGUUUCCAGUUUAUUUUGUUGAUAGGAGUUGGCCUUCUCUACUACAUCCUGCCUAAGUCUGAUGACAUGACCUUUACCCGGAUGCCAGUUCUUGGGCUGCUUGCUGUGCUGGCUCUUCUUUGCCUGGUGGGCGCAGAUCCUUGGCUGCGAUAUGAAUACGUCUUUUCCUUUACAGACAACCACAAAGCAUUUGUUACUAUAACGUACACCCUUUCUCUAGUAACUAUUGGCCUAAUAACUCUACUGUUGCGACAGGCUUGA